AUGGACCCUGGCGCUCGGAUAACUCCUGAACUGCUGAGCUGGGUGCAGACAGCCUUGGCGCGAGAGCUCCAGGCGUUAGAGCGAGGCCACCAAGCUGUCAUCGAGCACCUUCAGCACCUUCAGACGAUGCAAUUGGGAUCGCUCGGAGAGAAGCCCCCUGAAGUCUCUGAGCCGGAGAAGGGUCCAAUCGGGCUGGUUGACCACGAGCCUUCGGAGAUUUUCCAAUCUCAUAUGAGCAUUGAAAGCGAUAAACAGAGCACAGCUACAGUUACAAAGGACAACAGGCGCUUCACAAGAAGCCCAUCUUCGUUGAAAGACUCUUUAACUCUGGAUGACGGGCCCGAGAAGCCCUUCUGGCAUCCAGACCGUUUUGUCAAGUCGUGCGGUUUCGAGGUCUUUUUCUCCUUCCUGAUCUUUCUCCAGGCUUUGAGCAUGGCGAUAGAAGUGCAGUACACGGGCCUGCAGUGGGGUUACGAGCUCAACUAUGAGGGAUAUGCUCUUCCCGCUUUGGAGGCAUGGCCGGGAAUACCGGCCUUCUUGCAGACUGUUGAGAUGUUCUUUGGGUGUUUCUUUCUAGUGGAGGCGGUGCUCAAGGCCUGCGGCCUUGGAAGGGAGUUCCUAUGUGAUCCGUGGAACUGGUUUGACUCAUCACUGGUGGUUCUAUGGCUUGUUGACACACUUCUGACGAACCUCCCGAUUGAGACACCAUUCUUGAGGUUGAUUCGCUUGAUGAGACUUAUUCGACUCGUGAAGCUCGUACGCUUCGUGCAGGGCUUUGACUCCCUCAUUGUGAUGACAACAUCCUUGCAGCACUCUGUCAAUGCACUCCUGUGGGUCGCGGUGAUCAUGAUGAUGGUUCAGCUGCUGUUCGCACUUCUGCUCAACCAAGUUCUGAUGACCUUUGUUACAAGUUCCUUCUUCAACUUCUCCGCGGAGGACCAGGUCAAGCUGUUUGAGUACUUCGGCACAUUUCCAAGAUCCAUGCUGACCAUGUUCCAAAUGACUUUGGGCACUUGGGUUCCCGUUGCCCGGAUCUUGCAAGAAGUCGUCAGCCCAGCAUUCAACAUCUUCACCAUCCUACACAAGGUGACCGUCGGGUUCGCCUGCAUAGGAGUGAUAAACGGCGUAUUCAUGCAAGAAACGAUGAAAGUGGCCCAGUCAGACGACGUCAUUAUGAUGCGGGACGUGGCCAGGAAGGAGAAGAUUCACAGCAAGAAGAUGCACAGCUUUUUCCAGUACACGAACCGCUCGGGCUCCGAGAUCACCAGGGCAGAAUGGAAUGCUGUCAUGGCAAAUCCUGGUGCCCGACACUGGUUUGCGGCGCAGGGCCUCCCAAUGCAUGACCCUGAUCUUGUUUUCGACCUCCUUGAUCAAGACCGCAGUGAGUGUGUCACGAUGGAUGAGCUCCUCCGCGGGGUGUCUCAACUGCAGGGUGCGGCAAGGAGCAUGGACUUGGCGUGCCUCGCUGACAGUAACCGGCAACUCCUGUCGAGCGUGAAAGCGCUAAGACUGGCUCAAGAAGGCAAACCUGAGGGUGGUCAAACAAAGCGGUCGAAGUCGAAGGAAGCCGCGACAGUUCGCUUUGGGGAGCCCGACAUUGCUGUGUCGAGGCUCUAG